UUGAGUCAUCAACAACAAGACCAGAAUGUUUCCUCCCUCACAGCAUCCCUCAGAUUCGAUGGUGUUCUCAACGUCGAUUUCACAGAGUUCCAGACAAACCUUGUCCCAUACGCUCGUAUCCACUUCCCAAUCUGCUCAUAUUCACACAUCAUUUCUGCAGAGAAGGCAUACCACCGGCAGCUCUCUGUUGCCGAAAUCACGAACUCACUCUUCGAGCCAGCAAACAUGAUGGUUAAUUGCGACCCACGCCACGGCAACUACAUGGCUUACACACUCCUUUACCGUGGUGAUGUCGUUCCAAAGAAUGUCUCUGCUGCUGUCGCUACAAUCAAGACAAAGCGCACAAUCCAGUUCGUCGACUGGUGCCCAACAGGCUUCAAGAUGGGUAUCAACUACCAGCCACCAACGAUCACCCAAGGUGGCGACCUCGUAAAGGUACUGCAAGCUGCCUGCAUGCUCGCUAACACAACAGCCAUCGCCGAAGCUUGGUCUCGCCUCGACCACAAGUUCGACCUCAUGUACGCCAAAUGUGCCUUUGUCCUCUGGUACGUCGGUGAAGAUAUGGAAGGAGCUGAAUUCCCAGAAGCUCGUGAAGAUCUUGACCUCCUCUAG